AUGCGUGACCUCGCGCAGAAGCACGGGCCGCUCAUGAUGCUCCGGCUGGGCGAGGUGCCCACGCUGGUGGUGUCGUCGCCGGAGGCCGCGCAGGCGAUCACGAAGACGUACGACAUCACGUUCGCCGACCGUCACUUGAACGCCACCAUCGGCGUGCUCACCUUUAACGGCACCGACCUGGUGUUCGGGACCUACGGCGAGCGGUGGCGCCAGCUCCGCAAGAUCACCGUGCUGGAGCUGCUCAGCGUCGCGCGCGUGCAGUCGUUCCAGCGCAUCCGCGAGGAGGAGGUGGCGCGGUUCAUGCAGAGCCUCGCCGCGUCCGCCGGCGCCGGCGCCACAGUCAACCUGUCCAAGAUGAUCUCCAGAUUCAUCAACGACACCUUCGUGAGGGAGUCCAUCGGCAGCCGGUGCAAGUACCAGGACGACUACCUGGAUGCCUUCGACACCGCGGUCCGGCAGACGUCGGUGCUCACCGUGGCCGACCUCUUCCCGUCGUCGAGGCUCAUGCAGAUUCUCGGCACGGCGCCUCGCAACGCGCUCAAGUGCCGCAACAGGAUCACGCGCAUCCUGGAGCAGAUCAUCCACGAGCAGGUGGAGGCCAUGGACCGUGGCGAGAAGACGGCGCACGAGGGCUUAAUCGGUGUCCUGCUCAGGCUGCAGAAAGAGGCCAGCUUGCCCGACUUGUUCGGCGCCGGCAGCGAUACCUCGUCGACGACACUGAACUGGUGCAUGACAGAGCUAAUGCGGUACCCGGCAACCAUGGCCAAAGCGCAGGCCGAGGUCAUGGGCUACGACAUCCCUAAGGGCACAUCCGUGUUCAUCAACGUCUGGGCGAUCUGCAGGGACGCCAAGUACUGGGAAGAUGCAGAGGAAUUCAGGCCAGAGCGGUUCGAGAACACCAACCUUGACUACAAGGGGACAAACUACGAGUUUCUUCCGUUCGGAUCCGGCCGCCGUAUGUGCCCGGGAGCAAACCUUGGACUGGCUAACAUUGAACUCGCACUGGCGAGCCUUCUGUACCACUAUAACUGGAAGUUGCCAGACGGAGUGAAGCCAGAGGAUGUCCAAGUUUGGGAGGGUCCAGGACUGAUAGCAAAGAAGAAAACAGGCCUGAUUUUGCACCCGGUUACCUGUAUUGCUCCAGCCGAUGCGUAA